UUUCUUUUUCUCCUGAGAAUCGAUCGUGUCCAGUUGAGCGUGCUGUAUGAUCUUUGCCUUGGGCUACGUCGAAAGUUUCCAAACUUUCUUGGGUCCCUCGUGAUUUAAGACUUCCAUGAGUUUGUACGUUAUAGCAGUGUAGGGCGCUGAGCUCGCUCCAAUCCAUGGCGCACAAGCGACCGGCUUUCGUGCUGCUGGGCGCGUCCAUGGUGGAGUACUCGUUCCGCCCAGGAGGAUGGGGCGCGGUGCUCGCGGAUCUCUACUCGCGAAAGGCUGAUAUUUUACUGCGUGGAUACAGAGGCUGGAAUACCCGCCGAGCAAGAGCAGCUCUCCCACACUUCCUACCAAAGGAUUCUCCAGAGUCCCAGCAGCCGGCUCUGAUUGUGAUCUUCCUGGGAACAAACGAUGCCGCAUUUCCACUUCCCAGUGGCAAAGGCCAGUUUGUCCCUAUUCCCGAAUACAAGGAAAACUUGCGUUAUAUGUGUGAGUAUUGCCAGUCUCUCUCGGAUUCCACUCGAGUGCUGCUGAUAACUCCCCCUCCUAUCAAUGACGAAGCUCGACGAGCCCUUUCCUGGAAGAGAUUUGGUCCCCUAGCACCGAAUUGGCUCGAUCGUACCGACGAGCGAGCUCAAGCUUAUGCUCAAGCUUGUCUAUCCGUUGCCGAGGAGAUGAAAGUUGGCGUUGUUGAUUUACAUAACGCGAUCAAGCGUGUGGAGAACUGGGAGACGGAGUGCCUCAGUGACGGAAUGCAUAUCUCGCCAAAGGGUUGCGAGAUCCUCGUCGAGCUGCUGCUCGAGGCUCUGAGAAAGGUGUCGCUUCACUGGGAGGACGUGCCAAACGACUUGUACUGCGAGCCACAUAUGUUCGACAUGAUUCAUCCAUUCCUGGAGAGCCAAGAGUACAAGCAGAACCUUGAAAAGAAUUAAGAAGUUCAUUCACAUUCAUGUUUACUCCAAGCAUUACAUUUUCCUGAUACGAUUCGUUGUAAAUCAAACACAGCCUUGGCAAAUAGCUUUCUUCUCCUUGCGUGCUGAAAA